UCGGGGUGCGCACCCUGUCCUAGCCAGUUCUGUCCCGGCCGCCCUACUGAGCGGACAACGCGCACCCCUAACCACCAGCCGUCGAUCGAAAACUUUUCAAAUUCAAACUUCGAACUCCGCUCAAAAGUUUAAAUCUGACAGUUUAUUUUUUAAUUUACCAAAGUGCGAAGGCAAAGGGGUGCUGAGUCAGCAGAGGAGCAGGCACAGAUAAAUUAAAGCAACAUCAAUGUGGCGAAGAUGUGAACUACAAUGAAAUGGUAGUGAAGAAUAUCACCGAACAUGGAAGCAGCAUUGCCACAAUUUCACAGAUUAACAUCAUCCCGUUUCUACCAACACUAUGUAGCGCCACCAGUUCGACUAUCCACCGAUUACCUUCACGACCUUAUCCCUCAACAGCAUCCAACACUUCUCCAGCAAUAUCUAGCUUAUUAUAAUGAACCUUUAGUCCCACUCGAUCUGUCUUUGAAAUCCACUACUCCCAUCACACCACCAUGCACUCCGCCUCCAACCCAAAAACGAAAAUCCUCUGAAGAAAAACCAGCAAAGUCGCCUAAAAUAUUUCGAACCUUUGAAGAACCACCCGAAAAAGAGGAAUCCGAAAGCAAUGCUGAAAAGCGUAAAAUUGAGGAUGAAAACUCUAAUGACAGCGACAGUACUGAAGCUAAGAAGCUUAAAUUCACAAAGCAGUUUUUUGAAGAGCUCAAAACUUGCUUGCCACCUGAACCUGAGACUCCGUCGAAGAGCGAAAGGAGUUCACCAGAUGUAGUCGAAGUGAAAGAUGUCGAGGAGCGUCCGAAAAAAUCUCCGAAGCCAGCAACUCAGCCUGUUAAGAAAAGCAAAGCUGUGAGACGGUUGAUGUUCGAUGAAGAUAAAACUUCCCCAGUCUCUGGAACCAUCAUUCGAGAUUUAGCUGAGGACGAAACUCUAGUAGUUCGAAAGGGCGAUAUAGACCCAGCGUUCAACGUAGUAGAAGUGACAGAAGAGGCAAAGGCACUGAUAGCAUCCAUCGAAAAUCGUUUGGGGCGGUACAUCUGCAGGCUUUGCCGAAGACUGUAUAGCGAUGCAUUCGCCUUGGCGCAGCAUCGCUGCUCCCGCAUAGUACACAUUGAAUACCGAUGUCCGGAAUGCGAUAAGGUCUUCAACUGCCCUGCCAACCUCGCAUCGCACCGCCGCUGGCACAAGCCUCGCGUCCCCGGCGCCACCAAACGACGCGAGCCUCCAGCAUCAGACGCAGGGCGGUUCCCUUGCCAGCGCUGCGGGAAGAUGUUCAGGAGACAGGCGUAUCUCAGGAAGCAUCUGCUGGCCCACGAACAGCCGGAGAGCGAGGAGAAGGAACCCUCGGCGUUUAGGCAGGUGCAUGCUGAAUAUCCUGCUUAUCAGACGGAAACCCUCCGUGACAGCAACUUCAACACAUUCUGGAACAAGAUUCCCCCGCCGCCCCAAGAGAUAGCUUGGGAGGGCGUGCGCACCCGAUGCGCGUCCUCCUGCUCCUCCGAGGAUUCCCGAAGCCUCGACGUCACGGGUUCUGAGGAUGAAGGCGGUGGCGCUACGGACGGGUGACGGCGAGUGCUGCGGCCCGUGCCGCGGUUUCCUGCCUAUUCCGUGCCCCCGCUGCCGUAUUACAACACGUAUGGACACGACACGCCUCUUUAUUUUUCUUAAAUCAUUAAAUAUAGGCUACAAUGUCGUCAUCGAUUCAAAAGCUACCUUAGAUAGCAAAGCGUUCUUCACUGAAAUCCAAAAAAAACCACUAUCAUCGAAAUUAGCUGAGGUAGUCACAUCGUUUACUUGUUUUGGAACUACGAGUAUUAUGCGCCAUUAUUCUCAGUAAUUAUAAUUGUUCUCAGUAAUAGACGUACUUUCAGGUUU